GUUGUCCAUACUGCCUGGCUCCCUUGUUCCCUGGUUGUCGAUAUUGGAAGCGGCCGUGUUGCAAUUCGAGAGCGUCGAGUGUAUAGUGUCUCCGAUGUUACAGUGACUGUGUGGCAGACGUCGCGAACAUACGCCCAGGUAUGAUACAUACAUCUAUCUCACAAUCACAAUCGAUGGGGUCCUCCCUCCCAUCGAGCAUUUUGCUGUUUUGCUUUCUACCUCGGAUCAAUCGCUCACAUCCCGACUCGGAUCCGAUCCUUCAUCACACCGUCACUGCAGUUCUUUCGAGUCUUGAAGAGUAAGAGCGGGAGGGCACACAUCGAAAGCCUUUCCAUUGAGCAGCGGCGACGAUGAAGGCAGAAAGCUCUGCCACCAAUGAGGCACAGUUAUCUGCUGAUAUCCAGAAAUUGGAGGUCGCCUGUGCAGAGCUGGCCAGUUUACCGUCUGGUCGGACUGUAUACCUAAAGAAGGGCAACUUGUUUUUCCGUAGCGACCCCAAGCUCGUCACCAGCCAGCAACAGAGGGAAUUGAAGAAGGUCAAAAUUCGCACCGGCAAGAAUCUCAAAGAUGCCUUGUAAAUUACGGAUGAAAAUCACGGAAGGUCUUUCGCAAUGUCGUAGAUUUCAGUUUGGUGUCGAAGAUGCUCCACCAGAUUGUAAGCUGCCAGGGCAAAGUCAGAACAUUCUCAUUUCUCCUCGUAACAGUGGAGCUAUGGGGUUUUGUGAAACACAACCGCUGCCAAUGGUAGCUAAGGCCAUCCGUCGCCGUGAUGGUGCCUUCGAGUUUCGGCAGCGUCCUCCCCUCUCGUUGCCCAAAUUAUCGCCUCGAUCCUCAGAUUCAGAAUCACCAGACCAAAUUGCCGAUUUUAUAAUUUCUGGAACCCCUCAAUGAAUCUGAACGACAUGAUGCGAUGCUCCAGUAUGCACCGAUGGGGAAGUUGCAUCCAAGAGCACAAGAGGUUUUGGGUGAAGGAGCUCUUCUUUCUCAGUAACUCGAGGGCACGUAACUCUAAGGCAUGGGCACAAGUCCUUGUGAAGUGAGGACACCUUUCUUUGCAUGCCGACGAGCCUCUUGUACAUUGAUCGUCUGAACCUUUCCUUGUUAUUUUAACCUUGUGUUUCCUCUCCUUCAGUACAUGAGAAAGAAUCUGUCAUUGAAGUGAAUGCGCUGAGACCAAUGUCUGAACUUGACUAAAUUAACUUUCAUG